CAGGGUGACAUCCGCUUUUGCUACCACUCUUCUCCCACACUGUUCCUCAGAACCUGUCUGGACUAAAGCCUCCGCCAGACCCCUUCCGGCCCCCAGCCCACCAUGAUCCCUCCAAGCAACACGGUGCUCCUGCUUUUACUCUCAGUGGCUGCAGCUCAAAUAAUCCCAGGUUCCUAUUCCGGAUGUGGGCCCCUCCCCCUGCCACUCCUGGUAGGCCUUGUGGCUGCUGAUGCCAUUGUAUCUCUGCUGAUCGUGGUGGUGGUGUUUAUGUGUGCCAUCCCACGUGACAGGCCCACCCAAGAUGGUAAAGUCUAUAUCAACAUGCCUGGCAGGGGCUGACACCCUGUAACUUUGACCUUCGACUUCUGACCUUCUCAUUCUGGAUUGCAUGUGGCGGCACAGAAAACCCAUUCCCCCACUUGGGCUGGAAUAAAGCAAUUGAAAUAC